AAAUAGAAUAUCCCAGGAUUUAUCAACUAUUGCCGCUUUCGUUGAUUUACGAAAAGCGUUCGACAGUGUCGAUAGAGACGCAUUGCUAUACAAAUUACUUAUUAAUGGAAUUAACGGUAAAAUGUACAAGUCUAUACGAGCUAUGUAUAGCGACACAAAUUCUUCUGUAAAACUAAAUGAUUUUAAAACAGACUGGUUUAACACUGAGCAAGGCGUGCGUCAGUGUGAUAAUCUUUCUCCUACAUUAUUCUCCAUCUUUAUUAACGAUUUGGCAGUUGAAAUUAACCUGAAACAAAAAGGAAUAACUCUUGAUAAUAACGUUAAUGUUAGUAUUUUGUUAUACGCUGAUGAUAUCGUGUUGUUAGCUGAUAAUGAAAUUGAUAUGCAAAUGAUGUUAAGUCAUUUAAAUAGUUGGUGUGAAAAAUGGAAAAUUAGGGUUAAUAAUGUGAAAUCGAAAAUGUUACAUUUUAGAAAAGCCAGUGAAGCUAGAAGUGCAUUCCAAUUUUGCAUUGGUGAUGACGUGUUAGAUUAUACCGAUAAGUAUAAAUAUUUGGGGAUUGUUUUGGAUGAAUUCGUUGAUUAUCCUGUAACUGCUGGUAUCGCAGCAGACUCGGCAAGUAGAGCGUUAGGAGCGUUAUUCGUUAAAUUUAAAACUCACAAGAAUCUUGAGUUCUCCACAUUUACAAAGUUGUAUGAUGCCAGUGUCGCGCCUAUACUUGACUAUUGUUCCGGAGUUUGGGGUUUUAGUAAAUUUGAAAAGUGUGAAAUGAUUCAAAAUAGGGCUUUAAGAUUUUUUCUUGGCACCCAUAGGUUUUCCCCACUCCCGGCCGUUAAAGGUGACACUGGAUGGGUCUAA